AUGAGUGGACCAGCGGUGGUGAGUGUGAGUUCGUCAUGGAUCCAGGAGCAGUUCCGGUGCUGCAUCUGUCUGGACGUGUUCCGGGACCCGGUCUGCACUCCCUGUGGUCAUAACUUCUGCCUGGACUGUAUCGAGGGCUUCUGGGAGACCAAGGCUCGACCGGAGUGUCCUCUCUGCAAAGAGGUCUUCUCCUGCCGCCCAGAGCUCAGGGUCAACCACAGCUUUGCAGACAUCAUCCAACAUCUGCUCAGAAACCUGCCGAACCCUGAAGUGCAGCGAGCGGACAGCCCGGACCCCUGCAGCCCGGACCCCUGCAGCCCGGACCCCUGCAGCCCGGACCCGUCCCCGCGGCGCCCUCUGGAGGACCUGCUGUGUGACGUGUGCUCUGAGGCCCAGGCCGUCAGGUCGUGUCUGGUGUGUCAGACCUCCUACUGCCAGCUCCACGUGGCCCCCCACCUGUGCGACUCGGUACUGCGGCGUCACAGCCUCACAGACCCCGCCUCCUUCCCCUCCCCCCACCUCUGCAGGAGGCACCAGCGCCCCCUGCUGCUCUACUGCCAGAAGGAACGCACUGCAGUCUGUGAGAGCUGCGGGCACAGGGAGCACAAGCAACACCGCACCAUCAGUGUGGAGAGAGCCACCAGGAGAGUCAAGGCGGCGGUGAAGGAGACGAAAGCAGACCUUCAGAGGAUGAUCCAGGACCGAGUGGGCAAAGCCGAGCAGAUCCAACAGAACCUGGACCAGAGCAAAAAGCAGACCCAUCAGGAGGUGGAGCGGAGUGUGAGGAGGUGGUCUCUCCUGCUGUGUGCCCUGGAGCAGGAGCAGCGGUCUCUGGUGGAGGAGCUUCAGUCCAGACAGAAGGAGGUGGAGGAGGAGGCGCAGCAGCUGCUCUCUCAGCUGCAGCAGGAGGUGAAGGAGCUGCAGGCCAGAGGAGCAGACAUCCUGGAGCUGGAGAGCACCCGCCACUCCCUGCAUCUCAUACAGAGCUUUCCGUUGCUGAGUAAACUUCCUCAGACUCGGGACUGGGACGAGCUGAGGGUCUGCUCUGACCGAGGACUGGGGCCCGUGAGGGAGGCCCUCAGCAACAUGAGGGACCUCUGCCACAACCUCUGCUCUGAGGUGUCUGCUGAAGAAGUGGACAGUCUGGCGGAGCAUGCAGUGGACGUCACGUUUGACCCGGACACAGCGUCAGGAUGGGUGGAGGUCUCUGCCGACGGGAAGAAGGUGAACGUUCGGGCUCAGAAGAAGAAGAUGGUGGUGACGGACUCGGCUCGACGCUUCGACUGCUGCGUCUGUGUCCUGGGCAGAGAACAGUUCACCUCCGGGAGGCGCUAUUGGGUCGUGGAGAGCGCUCUGACCUGGUCCCAGGCCGUGACUGGUCCUCCGGUGAAGAUGAAGACCACAGCGGUGACGAAGAGCAUCCCCCACACGAACAGAGCCAGGGCCCCUCUACAGCGCCUCACGGUGGCCAACCACGGCAAGCACAGCAGCAGCAGCGCACUCAGACAGAGCACGAUACAGAGGACCGCCAGGGCUCCUACAUGCACCGCGAUACUCUGA